AUGUCCAAAAGAGCAGCUGAUGCCGUUGAGGAGCAUCCCACGUCGCUCAAGGCUGGUGAGCGACCGGUUGCCGACGCCCCUCCGGACGAGAUUGGAGAGUUCGAGGACGAAUUCGAAGACGAGUUUGAGAGUGAAGAUGAGAUUCUGGAGGCAGGUGUAGAUGGUCGCCCGGAUGCUGAGCGUGAAGAGGAAGAGAAAGAUGGUAUGGAAGUCGACCAAGAAGCGUUCAUUCCCGGGCGAACAAAACUGGGCCCCGAUGAGAUCCUCUCCCCCGAUCCAUCUACGUACGAUAUGCUACACUCGAUGAGCACGCCGUGGCCGUGUCUGUCGUUCGACAUUGUUCGCGAUUCGCUGGGCGACAACCGCAAGACCUACCCCGCGACUGUCUACGCCGUGACCGGUACGCAGGCCGACACUGGUCGGGCUAAGGACAAUGAGUUGAUGGUUCUCAAGAUGAGCUCGCUGAGCAAGAUGGAGAAAGAUGGCGAGAAUGAUUCGGAUAGUGAAUCGGACGACGACGACAUGGGCGAGCCGAUUCUCGAGUCCAAGUCGAUUCCGCUGGGUUCCACCGCAAACCGCAUCCGCGCGCACCAGACACCUUCUUCGUCGCCCGACAAGCCACCGCAGACGCUCACAGCGACGAUGCUGGAAAACGCACAGGUGGUCAUCCACGAUGUCACGCCGCAGCUGACCAGCUUUGACGUCCCGGGUACUAUCCUUCCUCCGUCGGCUUCGAAGCCGCUGUCGACGCUGCGCAUGCACAAGUCUGAGGGUUAUGCACUGGACUGGUCGCCCCUGCAGCCGCUGGGCAAGCUAUUGACUGGUGACAAUGACGGAUUGAUCUACGCGACGACGCGGACCGAAGGCGGCGGAUGGGUUACGGACACCCGGCCAUUUACAGCUCACACAUCGUCCGUCGAGGAACUGCAGUGGUCUCCGAACGAGAAGAACGUCUUUGCAUCUGCAAGCAGCGACGGCAGCGUCAAGGUGUGGGACGUGCGGUCGAAGUCGCGCAAGCCCGCAGUAGACGUGCAUGUAUCGAACACAGACAUCAACGUCAUGAGUUGGUCGAACCAGACGUUCCACCUGCUCGCAACAGGGGCCGACGACGGACAGUGGGCAGUCUGGGACCUGCGCCACUGGAAGCCUGGCACGGGAUCGGGAUCGGGAGGCCAGCUGCGGCCGUCGCCGGUGGCGUCGUUUGACUUCCACCGAGAGCCGAUUACGAGUAUCGAAUGGCACCCGACAGACGAUAGUGUGGUGGCGGUUGGAUCGGCAGACAACACCGUGACGCUGUGGGAUCUGGCUGUUGAGCUGGAUGACGAGGAGAGCCAGCGGACGGCGGCGCCGGAGGUGCCAUCGCAGUUGCUGUUUGUGCACUAUAUGGAGUCGGUUAAGGAGUUGCACUGGCAAGCGCAGAUGCCGGGAACGGUGAUGGCGACUGGGAGCAACGGAUUUGGUGUGUUCAAGACGAUCAGUGUUUAG